UUUUUGUGUUUUUUUUGGGGUUCCAGUGGUGCUGCGUAAAUAUCGUAUUUGGGCAACAAAAAAAGAAGAAGUUGGUAUAUUUUUUCUUUUAGACAAUUCGCCGGCGCUGUUGCUCUGAUCGAGAAAUGUGGAGAAGAGUGGUCGGAAAUGUCGCCGUCCGGCAUCAUUUACAGCGAGCUCUAUCAAGUAAAGCCGGUGGAAGUGGAAAGAGCGGCAACGUUUCAGCUGCUGUGGAUUCGAUGCUUCUGCGUUCCCUUAAGGAACAUUACCUUGAAGUUUCUAAGAUGACCCCUCCUCCGAAAGUGAGCCCUCCUUCACCGUUUGAGAUUGUGAAAGGAUCCCUUGAAGGAACUGGGGCUGUUCUGCAGAAAUCUACUGGUAAUGAAGAGAUCAGUCUUUUCGUUAUGCGGUUGGCUCAUGGGGGUGAUGAUGAAGACGAUGAUGGGAUCAAUCAGUUGUUCCUCCAUGUGGCUGUGUCCAAGCCAAAUCAGGCUGAUUCUUUGCAUUUCCUUUGCGGUCUUUACCCUGAUGCAUUGGGUAUCCACUCCGUUUCCAUGAGACCAAAACUCGAGGCUUUGGAGAUGUCUGAUGAUCCUGCUCAAUACACUGGCCCUUCUUUUGAAGAGCUCGAUGAGAAGAUGAGAGAUGUAUUCCAUGCCUUCCUAGAAGAGCGAGGUGUGAACGAAAGUCUCUUCCCGUUCCUUCAGGCAUGGCUCUAUGUAAAAGAUCACCGUAACCUACUGCGAUGGUUCAAAUCAGUUGGCACAUUUGUUCAUGAAAACCCAUCUGCAGAAAACGCCUAGAAGACAUUUUUCGGUGCUGGGAUAAGUUUCUGUUAGUUGAUACAGCUCAAAUGUUUCAAGAACUGAAUCACUUUUGCUUCUUCCAAACUUUAAGUAUACAUCCAUGAUAUGAUGUUUUUUUUUUGGUAGUAUCCAUGAUAUGAUGUUAUGUUAAGGAUAGGUUCAUUUUUAUAGACUGUGUGAGCCUCCUUGCGAAAGGUAUAGCUAUCUAUG